UAUGGAUGUGUUGACGAGCUUCCUCGCCAAAAAGCCUAAUAAUCGCUUAGGCGCUGGGCGCUAUGCGCGCUCUGAGAUUACAACACAUCCCUUCUUCAGGAACAUUGACUGGGAUAAGGCCGAGGCAAAGGAGUUGGAGCCGCCAAUUGUACCGAAAAUUAAACAUCGCAAGGAUAUCUCAAACUUUGAUAAAGCUUUUGUCGUUGAGAAAACUGAUCUAACACCAACUGACAAGCUAUUCAUGAUGAAUUUAGAUCAGAAUGAUUUCAUUGGCUUCUCCUAUAUGAAUCCGGAAUUUAUUACUAUUAUAUAAAGUGCAUCGCAAGAGAUUUAAAAGCGAAGCAGGAAAAUUAAAUGGCAACAAAAUGCCAAAUCAACUCAUAUUUUGAAAUUAUAAUAAAAAAUAACAAUAAAUAUAUAAUCCUCAA